GUAUGCAGCCUAAAAGUCCUUGGAGGAAAUACCCUUACAGCUACAACUAUGGGUGAUGAACACAGAGGUUUCACCUGUCAAGUUGAAGUUGAAGAGGAAGGAGCAUUGACAGUUUCCUCAGGAGGUCUGCUUAUAUCUGGAGAUUCUCCACUGCUUAAUCUACAUGGAACUUUGACCACUAGUAGCUUGUCACUGGACAACCAUGGAACACUAAACAUUGCCUCCAGUGGAAAAAUUGUAACAUCAUCAUUGAAAUUGCAAGCCUGGUCCGAAACCACAGUAGCACUUACAGCAAUGGUUGGAAAUGAUGGAGAAAAAUUUGCUGUAUCCAAAUUUGAAGUUGGUUAUGAAGCAAAUGUAACCUUUGCUCACAGUGAAUUGAAUAUAGAAACUUCAACAUUCAAAAUGAACUCUUUGUCAAACUUGAAACUCGAAGGGAAUAAGAAAAAAGUGAGUAUUUCCACAUCAGACUUUGUUCUACAAGAUGGGGCUGAAAUUAAUGUAAGUGAGGGAGGGGAUCUAGACACAGGAACAGGUUCUUCCACUGGCACCGAAGGCGCAAGUUAUGGUGGAGAUGGAGGGGAGAGCCAAGCAACUAAGACAUAUGGGUCUUCAUCAUACCCAGUUGAUUAUGGCAGUGGAACUACUGAUGUUAGAGGUGGAGGAAUUAUCCAUUUAGUGAGUACAGAUUCUGCAGAAGUAGAUGGUUCACUUCUUGCUGAUGGACAAGACUCUAUCAGUACUGACGCUGCCAGUGGUGGCAGUAUCUAUAUCACUGCAAGCACUCUUCAAGGUCAUGGCAAACUUUCUGUUAAUGGAGGAUCAAGUUCAUCAGGGAGUGGGGGAGGUGGAGGAAGAAUUGCUCUCAUUGCUGAUUCUCAGUCUGAUUUUCUUGGAGUUGCAACAGCGUAUGGUGGAAAUGGUUCAUCUGAAAAUGCAGCUGCAGGAACUGUUUAUCAAGAAUAUGCUCAAUCAGGGGGAGCAAUGAUAAAGAAAGUUACAAUUGAUAACAACGGUCAAAUCUCUGCAGCUGCUUCAUAUAUAUCUGCUGUAACAGAACUUACUGAACUUGAAAUUAAUGGAUAUGGCCAGGCAAGAUUCUCAGGAACUUCAACACCAUUUUCAGUUGAAACAAUCACUGGUGAUUAUACAGGAACAUUCACAGUUUUAGAGAACCAGAUUGUUGAUAUGGCUACAUCCUAUGGAACACUAACUCCCUAUGCACUAAUGUGCAAAGUAACUAUUGAAAAAGAUGGAAAAAUGACAAGUCCAGCAAAGAUCCUUUUGAGAGAUGAUGACAUAACAGGGGAAGACUGGUAUAAUUUAGAAGUGUAUGGAACAAUAAUUGGGGUAAGAGAAAUGACAGUGUCAUCUGGAGGUCAGGUACUGAUACACUCAGAGAGCAGAUCCGGUUUUUCCUCAGACAGUCUUCAACCUGUGGGUACCAUGUCUCUGAACAGUAUUGAUGUCACUACUGAUGGCUUAUUGGAGAUUAGUUUAGAUAGCAUGGAAGUGUACACACUAGAUAUGAUUGAAAAAUUGACUGUAAAAUAUGGUGGUACCAUUACUUCAAGAGAUCUUGUUAUAAAUACCCCUGCUCUAGAGGUUGCUUUUAAUGGAAAUCUUAAUGUAAAUGGUGGAAACAUGAAUGUUGGGGAAACUCCUGGGAAUUCGGGUACCACUGGUGCUGGAGGAAGUCAUGGUGGGGCAGGUGGAGCAUCAGCUGAUGGUAUUGAGUCAUCUGCAAACUAUACUGGAGCUUAUGAUAAUACCAAUUUAGGAUCAGCUGGUGGCAGUGGGAGUGAAGAACCAGGAGCAAAUGGUGGUGGACAUCUAACUGUAUUUGCUACAACAUUGACAGUGCAUGGAACAAUUAGUGCUGAUGGUGAUGAUGCAGUCAAUGAUGGUGGAGGAGGAAGUGCAGGAGGAAUUGAGUUGUUUGUUACAGACAUGGACGGGUCUGGUACAUUCUCUUUGAAAGGAGGAAGUUCUGUUAAUGGAGGUGGUGGUGGUGGUGGAAGAACAACUAUCCAAUGUACUGGAAAUUUUCACUUUCUUGGAGAGUAUAAACUCUGUGGUGGAUCAUCAACAAAUGGCCAGGCAGGAGGCUCUGGGACAUCCUACGUGCAAUUUCAGCAAACAGGAGUACCAGGAUCCGUUUACUAUCUGUUCUUUGAUAAUUCAUGUGGGGUAGGAGAAACUGAGGGAAUUACCUUUGUUGAUAUGCCGUCCUAUGACUUAAUUGAGCUUGACAAUGUAAACAUUGGUGAUAAUACAAAAGUAUGGAUAAGCACACCAAACCUUCAUGUAAAAGCAAAGACCCUGACAUGUGGUACAGCCAGCAUGAUUGUUGUAGAUGAUGAUGUUAUUUUAAGUGCAGAUGUAGAACUGACAUACAGUGCCAUCACUUGUAGUUUUGAUCUUAAACAGGCUGGAGAAUUGAGACUGCCAAAAUCUGUAGAAUUGAAGGGAGAAGCAAGUUCAUUUGAAGGCACUCUCACCAAUAUUGGCACCCUGACUAUUUCUUCUUACCAAAAAGUGACAUUUUCACCGCUAGUAAGAACUGCUUCAUGCUGCAAUGAUGCAGGAGAACACAUUGUACGUUCCAAUCCAGGAGAAUAUAGUUUCUUUACAUUUACCCUAGAAAGUUAUGCUGAAGUAACAUUUGAAAAAAAUCCUGACACUUUGAAGAACAUAAACUUUGCUACACUAGAACUGCAUUAUGGGUCAACACUGACAGGUGAAAGCCUUGAUAUAACAGCAAAUGAUAUUCUUCUACAUCCUGGAUCGACAUUGACACUCACUGGAGGUGGACCCCAUGCUGAAAUGGGUCCAGGAAAAGGAAGCAUGGUCAAUGACAUUGGCACAGGGGGUGGUCAUGGGGCCCCGGGUGGCUCUGGAUUAGUAGACAGCAGUGGUGGACAAACCUAUGAUAAUACAAGAAUUCCUGUAGAGACGGGCAGCGGUGGCGGCAACUCUCUGAAUGGAACAGGGGGAGCUGGUGGUGGAUAUCUGAAGCUUACUCUCUAUUCAUCUCUCACUGUAUCUGGCACUAUACAAGUUGAUGGAGAGGAUGCCCUUGGAAUUAAUGCUGGUGGAGGCAGUGGCGGAACGAUUGUGAUCAACACUCCAGUUCUCGAAGGUGAUGGCGCGAUACGAGCCAAUGGUGGAAAAGGCAAAGAAUAUGGCGGUGGUGGUGGUGGUGGCAGAAUGGCAUUUACUGUAACAGAUUCAAAUGAAUUUACGGGAGAAAUGAAAGUAUUAGGAGGUGGAAAUGACCAUGACCUUGAAACCAUAAAGGCAGGCCCAGGAACUAUUUACCUCCUUGAAGGCAAGUCACCAAAACAGACACAUUCACUGCUGAUUGCUGGAGAUGUGGAUAACUUCAUUGAGAAACAGACUUAUGCCUAUAUAGAUGGCAAUGAUGGAGAAUUUGAGUAUGACAGGAUGACAGUUUCAGGAUAUGCCAAUGUCAUAUUUGGCUCUACAGACACAGAAUUAAGAUUAGCUGACAUUUCUGGCGAUGCAACAGGUACCCUUCAUGUUACUGAUGAGCAAGUUGUCCGUGCAGCUGUUGUUGAAGGAGUUGCUGGAAGCUUUAGAACAACUGUUAAUUUUGUGAUUGAAGAAAAUGCAACUCUUCAUGUUCCAGAAACUUUAACUGUUGCUGGAGUGACUUUAGAUUUAAAAGGCACAUGUACUUUCAAUAAUUUGAUUGUUGAAAAUUAUGGUACUAUCAAAGGUUAUGACACAACUUCAACUUCAACUUUUAGUAAUGGGGUAUACAGCCGAAGAGGACAAAAUGGAGAAUAUGUCCUGACCUCUAUGAAAUUGAAAGCUGGAUCAAAUUUUAUACAACCAUCUGGUGGGCUGAUAAUGACUGCCGGAACGCUGGAAAUGAAAAGAUUUGUUGUUUUGGAAGCCGAUUUUGUGAACCUUGUUUCAGUGACCCUUAUUCUGGAACGUGAAGCUGCAUUGAGUACAAAUGGGAGAGCUGCAACUGAUGACCCACUUGUUCCACUUACCGCUCAUGGCUUUGGAAAGAAUGGUGGUGCCCAUUCAUCAGCUGGUGGUGUGGGUAAAGAUUAUACUACAAGUAAUGCUUCAGAACCAUUCGGAACUAUUUACACACCAAAUACACCAGGAGCCUCUGGUGGUCAGGGUGGUAAAGGUGGCAGUGUUAUAAAAAUUACUACAGAUGAGCUCAUACUAGAUGGAAUUUUGCGAUCUUCUGGUGCUGAUUCUGCAUCAGGUGGUGCUGGUGCUGGAGGCAGUAUUUAUGUCAUCUGCAAUGCUGCUUUGAAAGGUUUAGGUUCUAUUGAAGCAAAAGGUGGCUCAACAACUGAUCAAGAAAAUGGAGCAGGCAGUGGAGGUCACAUUGCUGUUCACAUGAAGUCAGAUGAAUACCAGGGUACAUACAGUGCAGGAGGUGGAACCUCUCCAGCACCUCAUGGCAAUGGUGGACCAGGCUCUGUGUAUUUAAUUUCUGACAACAGCGGUGAAAAAUUGAUAUGUGACAAUGAAAAUGGUCAAACUGAUUACUAUACUACACUAAAUGAGGAGAGUCUGAUUCUAAAUUUUGAUACAGUAGACAUAUUCAACAAUGCUAAGCUUCAAGUAACCAAAGACGGACAGCCAAGAGAAUUGAAUAUUGCAAAAGUGAAUGGUGACAGUACUGGAUUGGUGAGACUUCAAAACAACCAGAAAGGUACAUUAGAGAGAUCUGAAACAGACACUGCUGCUCAUUCCAAUUUAAAAGUAAAUAUUGAAUUACAUGAAGGAGGUGAGUUCAUAAUGUCGGAGACAGUUACGAUCCUGGGACUUGGAGCUGUGGCUUUUGAUUUAGAUGGUGUCCUGCGGGGAGUUUCAAACCUUUUUCUAGCCUCAAACAGAAAGAUGAGGAUGGGAUCAAAUGCCAAAAUUGUUCCUUUCUCUGCAACAGAUAUAGAUGGCAUUGACUAUGUAUCAUUUGGAACAUUUCAGCAAGAGCCUGGUAGUAUUGUUGAAUAUGAUUCUGACACAGGUGCAAAGAUAAGAGCUAGCAAUAUAAAUGUUAAAUUCUCUGCUGCCAUCUUCGCUGAUUUCUUUGAUAUCACAGCAACCAAUAUUGAUCUAGAGCUUGAAAGUGUACUAAGCUGUUCUAGUGAACACAGAUCUGAAUCAGAUAGCAUUGAUAUAACAACAGGAUCAGGGAAACCAGGAAAUGGAUCAAAUGGAGGUAGCGGUCAUGGUGGUGUUGGUGGUGGUUCAGAAGACUUAGAUGGAAUUGUUGUCAGUGGUGACUCAUACAAUUCACUUUACAAUCCAACAAUGCAGGGUAGCCGAGGGACAUACAAUCAAGCUACUGGGGAGAAAUUGGGUGGCAAAGGAGGUGGCUGGAUCCAUAUACAAGUAGGAAAUCUGCUCAUUAAUGAUGGUACAAUUUCUGCAAAUGGGGAAAGAGCCGAUGAUUAUGGAGGGGGAGGAAGUGGAGGUAGUGUUUGGAUUGAGGUCUAUGAAUUUGAAGGAUAUGGUUAUAUAGCAGCUUUUGGAGGAGAAGGAAAGGGAAACAGUGGUGGUGGAGCAGCAGGAAGAGUUGCAGUAAACUGUUCUCUACAGAUAGAAUUUGAUGGGUCCUAUCAAGUAUAUGGGGGUGCUGGAUCUGAUGACAGUCUGAGUGCAGGAGGGGGCACAGUGUACUUGGAGGAUAAAAGAUAUGGGAAAUCCUAUAAACGAUUACUACUUAACAAUCAAGGAAGGCCACAUGAUAAAUAUGCAACAAUAGAUGAAAGUUUUACUGACCAUUUCUUCAAUGAAGUUCAUUUAGAGAAAAAAGCCUCACUUCAUUUAGCAGAUGAUGGGAGAAAUACAAAGUUAGAGAUUGAAAAUGUUUACAGUGAUGGCACGGGAUUAAUCCAUAUACAUGAAGGUCAAACUCAUAAAAUAGAAUAUAGACCAUCAAUGAGGAAUGCCUUUUUAACUGGUGUUAACUUCAUAAUAGAUGCAAACUCAGAAGUGUAUUUCCCAUCCAUUGUAUAUGUAUAUGGAACAGGUGUUUUCCUUGACGGACAGACGGAAUCUAGAUCCAUAGAUGUAUCAGGGCAGUUGACAGGUAUAUCAGAUUUAAUCCUUGGGUUUGAAACCUUACUGUAUUUUGGAGAUCAUGGACACACUGCUUCUGUGGAUUCAACAGCUCAAGUAAUUGAUGCAGACCCCGAUGGAACUGUGACGUUAGGCACCUUGGACUUGAGAAGCUUGUCUGAAAUAAAAUAUGCACCAGAUCAAACUGUGAUACAGAAAAUUGCCAGAAUUGAUGCACGAUUCCAGUCUGUGAUUUCAGCUGAAAGUAUUGUCAUUCAGGCUAGUACCUUGAACCUUGAGGCCGGGUCAACACUGACUGCAUCUGCUAUUUACAGACCUCUUGACACUUUAGACGAGGACCGCGGACAGGGUAUAGAUGCGGUUGGAGGGAAUGAUACAGAUAUUGGGACUGGAGGUGGUUAUGCAACUAAAGGAGGAGGAUUUUAUGCAUCAGAGGAUACUUUGAUAACAGAAGGUGGAAACUUUUAUGGAAGUCUUUAUGCACCAGAAAACAGAGGUAGUAGAGGAGGUCACGGUCUGAGUAGCCAAGGUGGCAGUGGUGGUGGAUUCAUAAGCCUCAAGAUUGCUACAGACUUGCUUGUGGAUGGUACAAUAUCAGCAGAUGGAUCUCAUGGGGGAGAUGACUCUGGUGGAGGGAGUGGUGGUACAGUCUACAUUGAAUCCUACAACCUUGAGGGUUAUGGAGUGUUACAGUCACUAGGGGGAGAUGGCUACUUUGGUGGGGCUGGAGGCAGAAUUGCUGUGUACCUAGACACAGAAAUCUACUUCUUUGGAACUUAUGAGUCCCUGGGUGGAGAUGCUAUUGCAGACAGCUAUCUUUCUGAAGGAGGACCAGGAUCAGUGUAUAUAAAAGAUGUCAGGAAUUCUCGCAAAUAUGAGCAGUUACACAUUGACAACAAAGAAAGGUCAUGGGAUCAUCAAUAUAUCCUUGAUGAAUAUAACAGCGAUAAUUCAGAGAAAACUGAUUACUAUUUUGAUGAGAUCUACCUAGAGAGAAAUGCGUCACUACAGUUAAAAACAGGCGAUGGAGCUGAACGAAGUAUUGAAUGUACCAACAUUUUCAGUGACAAAUCCGGAAGAAUUUACCUUCGGGCAAACCAAACAGCAUACAUAGGGGAAGAACUAUCUUUAAUGAAGCUGCAGUUUAACCUUUGGAUUGAUGAUGCAUCAAAAGCUUACCUCUCACCUCUCAUCUACAUUCUCGGCCAAGGAGAAAUUGCCUUGAAAUGGAAUGGUGAAAUGAUUGGUGUACGCCACAUCAGAAUUGUUCCUGGAAGAAUGAUUAACAUAAAAAAGGACGCAAUGACAAGCUAUGAAGAAGAUGGUGUUCUAGUUAAAGGUACUGCAGGAACAUUUGAAUUUGCGUCUUUGGAACUGGGGGCCCAAGCAGUGUUGGAGCUGCCUCCACCAAUGCCUUUGGUUCUUACUGUUGGAAUACUGGACAUAAAAUAUGAUUCAACAUUCCGAGCAGACUCUAUGGAAGUGUUGGCCACAGAUUUCUACCUGGAACCUCUAGCUCAGUUUGUUUGUGUUGGAACUAGCCGAGAAGACCAAAUUGGAGAUGCUCAAACAGAAGGAGCUGGUGGAGGUCAUGCCUCAAUGGGAGGAGGAGUGUCGGGAAAUCCUUCACUUGGCGGCAUAGCAUAUGGAUCUGUCUAUAAACCUUUGGAGCCAGGAAGUAGAGGAGGAGGUACUAGUGGUGGUUUAGGAGGAGGAAAAGUGAAGAUCAAGGUCCCAGCUGAGUUCCUUUUAGAUGGCUACAUUCUGGCAGAUGGAGGGGAAGGACUGUAUGAUGGAGUGAAUGGUGGUGGUGGUGGUAGUGGUGGCUCCGUCUAUAUUGAAACAGGUCAGUUCUCAGGACAUGGAACAGUGUCUGCUAUUGGAGGUCGAGGGUACGGCCCUGCAGGUGGCGGUGCCGGAGGAAGGAUCGCUAUCCAUACCUGGGACUAUAAUGACUACAAAGGAGCUCUUCUAGCAUAUGGAUCUGGAGGAAACGUUGAUGCAGAUCUUGGCGGCCCUGGAACGGUCUUUGUUGAAGACAAAAUUACUAAAUUCACAUAUGAGAGCAAGUUGUACCUUGAUGGCCAGAACCUAAAACUUCCCAAGCCUGUUGUAAUUGAUGAGAAAAACCCUCGGCAUGUGACUGAAGCAGCAGAUAACAUCUAUACCACUAACGGGGCAGACCUGGACUUUGAACAUCUGAUGUUGAUACAGAAUGCAAUGGUUGAGAUAGGCCCAGGUGGUGAAGGUAUAUCAUCAGUAAACUUUGACACUGUCUACGGUGACAAGACGGGCUAUAUACACAUGAAAGAUUCACAGAUUGCUUAUGGGGAAUACUCGGAAUACUCUCUCCUUAGAUCAACCAUGCCAGUUAACUUUCAUAUUGAUGAGGGCUCACAGAUUUGGCUCUCCACAGAUUUCAAAAUUGUAGGAACUCAAGUACCCGCAUUCCAGCUUGAUGGUGAAAUGGUCGGAGUACUGAAUUUGACGCUCGAGGAAGGCAGAGAAAUGUACAUAUCAGAUACAGCAUCCAACAGCAUAGUAACUGGCGGCUCACCUCAGGCAUUUGACAGUGGUACACUUGGAAUAGGAAUUUUGGCAAUGCAAGCAAGUUCAGUAAUAGACCACACUGACCACUUUAACUUAGGAGUUUCCAGUUUGCACAUGAGAUACAACUCUAAAAUAACAGCAGAUAGAAUCUCAGUAGAUGCCACAGAAAUAAUGAUGGAAGGAGAAGCCUCUUUUGUUACAACUGGUCGUGGUGGUGAUGGUGAUGUAACAGCAGGUCAGGGAGGUGAAAUCUAUCACGAAGAAGCAUAUGACAACACAACAGUGACAACAGUAGUAGGGCUUGGUGGAGGACAUGGUGGCUAUGGUGGUGGUGCUGAUUAUGACAGCUACAAUACAGGGAAGCCGUAUGGAGACUACAGUAUCCCACAUCACACAGGAUGUAAAGGAGGUGGUAUAGCUGCAGGUAGCGGAGGAGGUCGGAUAGAUGUUGAAGUUUCUCGUGGGUUCCAUCUUGAUGGCAACAUAUUGACCCUUGGUGGAUCAGCAUCUGGUUCUGACAGUGGAGGUGGAAGUGCUGGAAGUGCAUAUAUUGUAACUCAAAAUUUUUCUGGACAUGGGCUUAUUGAGGCUACUGGUGGGGAUGGAUUUGGCCAAGGUUACGGUGGAGCAGGAGGAAGAAUUGCUGUACAUGUACAGUGGUUUAAAGAAUAUAGUGGAGAUCUGAGAGCUUAUGGUGGCUUUGCUGGAGAGGAUGUGCCUGACACUGAUGAAACCAGAAAUGGUGCUGGCGGAACUGUCUAUACAACAGACUCAAAUUCUAUAGGACUUGAUAAGAAAGAAGUGCAAAUUAUAGAUGGGGUUAAAACAUAUAUAGAUGGUUAUACUUACCUUCUAUUGGAUAAUGAUAAUAGAAACCCUGUUCUUGGAACAAUGGUUAUGAAGGAUGAUGGAAGCUCUGCAUACACAUUUGAAUUUGAUGAAGUAGAGGCAAAUAAUCAUGCAGUUCUAUGGAUUGGAGGUGAAAAUUCUGUGCUAGUUGCUCACUUAUUUAAUGGAGACAGAACAGGUCUUAUGCAUCUAAUGGAAACCCAAACAGUUCAUUCAGAAUAUGUUCCAUCAACAAGUGGAUAUACAGUUGCCCCAGUUAGUUAUAAAAUUGAAUAUGGUGCUGAAAUCAUUAUGCCAUCAACUGUAAUUAUCCUUGGGUCAAGGACAGAAUUUAGUGGUCUUUUAACCAUGGUACAGAAUCUUACUGUGGCUGAAGGAGCAAGUUGCCUAUUCACUUCAACAGCACAGACUGCUGUCAUUGAAGCUGGAAACUAUGUUCAUUUGACAAAAGAAGGUAACAUCAGUUUAAGUCAUUAUACUAUACAGAGAGGCUCAGAGGGAAUAUUCCAUGAAAAGGAAGGUUCAAAUCUUAAUUUAGACCUUACAAAGUUGAGCAUAAAAUAUGAAGGACUCAUGUGGAUGAACAAAGGAACAAUUGCAUCAAGUAAUGCAGUCGUGGAAAGUCUGGGUGUGCUUAAUGUUGACUACAUGGGACAUGGUGGUGAAUCUGGACCAGGAGCUGGUGAAUCAAAUGUCUCAUAUGGUUAUGGUGGUGCACAUGGAGGGCAUGGGGGUGCCCCUGAACCAGAAAGAGGAGGUACACCAUAUGACUCUGUAUACAAACCAACGCAUCCAGGAAGUGGUGGAGGUCAUGGGAAUGGCACUGGUGGAAGAGGUGGUGGUUAUUUGCAUUGGAAGGUUGGGGAAACACUUUGGAUAGAUGGAGAAGUCACUCUUGAAGGAGAGGCAGGACAAAGUGGGAAUGCAGGUGGAGGAAGUGGUGGGGGACUGUUUAUAGAAACGACAAAUUUUACAGGAUUUGGUCAUAUUGAUUGUCAUGGAGGUGCAGGGAUAGGUAAUGGUGGUGGUGGCUCUGGUGGAAGAAUGGCUGUACACAUCAACUUUUCAAAUCGUUACAUCGGUCGCUUGAAUGUCAUAGGAGGACUCGGAUCAGGAAGUUUGCCUUCAGGAGCAGCCGGAACUGUUUACCUACAAGAAAAUGAAAGAGGACCACAAUAUGCAGAUAUUAAAUAUGAUAGUUUGACAGGGGAAGAAAUUGUGACAGCCACUCACAGAAGACUGGAGGUAAACAAUGAUGACAUAGACAAGGAUCUCUACAUUAACCACAAAGAACCCUGGCUGUAUACAACUUUGUUUGAAGAAGAACAGCAAGAGUAUGAAUUUGAUGAAGCAAUGUUGGAAGGUCAUGCAAAUCUCUGGAUUGAGUAUCCAACAGGAACUGAGGAUGGAACAGGCUUGGCUGUAGAAGUGAAAAUUCAUCUCUUCCAUGGAGAUAGAACUGGUGUUAUUAGAGUAAGGGAUAGACAGAAGCUCUAUGUUGAAGUUGUUGAGUCUGUAUCUAAUGAAACAAUUGCCCCAUGCAGCUUUAGAGUAGACAAUGGAUCAGAGGUACUCGUGCCAACAACAACAAAUUUGCUUGGUUCAAGAACUGUUCUAGCUGGUUUAAUUACAGGUGUAGAAGUUAUGAUGGUGAGAGGAGGUUCAGCUCUCUUCAUGUCUACAAGUCAGACUGCACGGAUUGAAAACAGAGAAUACGUAAUGGUUACAGAACCGGGAAAUUUUACAUUUGCUAUUCUGAGAAUAAUGGCUGGAGCAGUAGCUGAAUUUAGAGAUAUCACAGGAGUUUGUGUAAUUAGUGUGUCAGAAAUGUAUGUGAAAUACCAAGCGCUCUUACUGAUGAACUUUGUGCAGAUAGAUUCUUCUUAUGCCCAUAUAGAAAGUCAGGGUGAACUGAAUAUGGAUGGAGUUGGUAAUGGUCCAGAAAAAGGCCCUGGUGCAGGUUAUACUUUGCCAGAUGGCACAGGAUUGGGAGCAGGACAUGGAGGAUUUGGAGGGGGACCAAAACCAAAUUAUGGUGGAAUACCAUACAACUCGAUCUAUGAACCACUCCAGGCUGGAAGUGGUGGUGGAAAUGCAGAUGGGGAUUAUCACGGUGGAUCUGGCGGUGGAUAUUUGGAAUGGAAUGUUGCUGACUUAAUUGAAGUUAAUGGCAUUCUAACUCUUGCUGGAACUAAUGGCACUGGUGGAAAUGCUGGUGGUGGAAGUGGAGGUAGUAUUUUAAUGUACACUACAAACAUUACUGGACAUGGAAUCAUGGCAGUCAAUGGUGGAACUGGGAGUGGAGAUGGAUUUGGAGGCUCAGGAGGAAGAAUUGCCAUCAAUUGUAGGUUUAGGUACUCCUAUGGUGGAGAAUAUCACAACUAUGGUGGAGAUGGGACUGGAGAUAACAUUGGAGAGCAUGCAGGUGCUUCGGGUACAACAUUUCUUGAAGAGAAUCUUAGAGAGCUUGAGUACCGUGAGAAAAAAUAUGAUCCUGUGCACAAUACUACAUUUCUUGACGUAGAUCACCACUACAUACAUUCAGAUAACAGAUUGAAAUACAGCCCUGCCCCAACAGUAAUCCAAGACCCUCCGAGAGAACUGUAUGAGUUCGAUGAAAUGGAGAUCACAGGCUCUACUUAUACCUGGAUCUACCAUCCUUAUAAUGUAUCCAAAGUAGAACUGAUAGCUCAUAAGUUCAUAGGAGAUAAAACAGGUACACUUCAUAUCAGGGAAAACCAGCAAGUCUGGGUAGAAUAUGUAAAAUCUGUUUCAAAUAAAACUGAAGCACCAGUCAGCUACAUCAUUGAUGAUGGUGCUGAGGUAGUGUUUCCAUCAGAAGUACACAUUCAUGGAACAAGCAGUACAUUUGCUGGUCAGGUAACUGGCGUGGAUAAUCUUUACAUCGAAGGUGGAGCUGUCGCCCAAUUUAUGGGCACUGGAAAUACAGCUAGUCUUGUCAAUGGUGACUACUUCAGAGUAACAAAUCCUGGGCAUUUUGCUUGGGAUCAGCUUCACAUAAAGAGGAAUGGAGAGGCAGGAUUCUUAGAUAUUGGUAAAGAUGAACUUCUUCUAAUAGAGACUAGUGAAAUUAAGGUAAAAUAUCAAGGUAACCUGUACAUGAACAGAGCAAGGAUAAACAGCACCUAUUCCUGGAUUGAGAGUGAAGGGAUUUUCCAUCUCAAUGGUCGUGGAUAUGAAGCAGAAAGGGGUCCAGGAGCUGGUUUCACUGACGCAAAUGGUAUAGGAUAUGGUGCAGCGCAUGGGGGAUAUGGUGGUGGAUCUGAUCCUACAGAAGCUUCCGAGCCAUAUGGUAGCAUCUUUUCUCCAUUAGAUUUUGGCAGUGGAGGUGGUAACGGUGCUGGUGAUGGUGGUAGCGGAGGGGGAGUGCUUCACUGGAUUACAAGUCAUUACUUUGAACUUCAAGGCACACUGGCAUUGCAGGGAACAAAUGGGCAAGGAAUAAAUGCUGCUGGUGGCAGUGGUGGUUCUGUGCUCAUUGAGUCAAUGAAUUUCACAGGACAUGGCAUAAUUGACACGGCAGGUGGAAAUGGAACAGGAACCGGAGCUGGUGGGGCUGGUGGCAGGGCAGCUAUUCACUGUGAGUGGCGUUACACAUUCGGAGGUACAUUCAAAAACCAGGGUGGUAUGAGUGAAGAUAAUGAAACAAGAGAGAGUCAUGCUGCAGCAGCCGGUACUACUUUUGUAAAGAACAACAAAAGACCUCUGGAAUACAGGAUUGUCAAAUACAAGAAAAAUUCUAGUGUCAAAUACUUUGAGGUAGAUCACAGGUAUAUACAUAUGGAUAACAAUGGCAUCCAAUCACCAGUAGCUACUAUGAUAAUGGAAAAUGAGACGAGUCUUUAUGAAUUCAAUGAGACACAAGUAGAUGGAUAUGCUCGAGUUGUGUUCUAUCAUCCAAAUGAAACAGAGGUUGAAGUUGUCAUACACAAAUUCUACGGAGAUCGAACUGGGCAAGUGCAUAUCAGAUCGGACCAGAUAGUGUAUGUGGAAUAUGUUGAAUCAGAGUCUAAUGUCACUGAAGCACCAGUCAGUUAUAUCAUAGAUGAUGGAGCAGAAAUUGUCUUUCCAACUGAGACUCAUCUUCAAGGUAUCAAUACAACUUUAGACGGAAUGGUAACAGGGGUACACCACUUGUAUGUAGAGGAUGGAUGUACAUUAAUUGUAAGUAGUACUGCUCAGACAGCACAGCUGGAAAAUGAAAAGUAUGUCGAUGUAUCUGAUGCAGGUAACUUUGAAUUACCAACAAUCAAUGUCAGGAAAGAUGGAAUAUUAGAAUUCAGGAAGAUAACAAAUGAUUUCACAAUAGCUGCAGCUUUCCUUGAAAUGAAAUAUGGCAGUACAGUUUUCAUGAAUCAUGGGUAUUUUGAAGUGGGAGAUCUAGACAUAGAGACAAACAGUGUAUUAAGCAUGGAAGGUAAAGGUUAUGAUGCAGAAACUGGUGAAGGAAAGGGAACAGGAGGCAAUGGUGGUAGCUAUGGUGGUGUUGGUGGGGGAGCAGAUGAUUCAUUGGCUUAUGGUUCCUUGUUUGAUCCCUAUCAUCUUGGCAGUGGUGGUGGUGGCGAAUUUGAGGGAGGUGCUGGUGGCGGCUUUGCCAACUUCACAAUCGGUAAAUCUCUCCAUAUUGACGGAUAUGUUAAUGCUUAUGGUGCAGAUGCCACAGGAAAUGGAGGUGGUGGUAGUGGUGGGACAAUCUUCAUUAUAGCUUACAACAUGUCAGGUCUUGGAACCCUAGAUGUUUCUGGCGGAGAUGGAAGUGGAACUGGCUAUGGUGGUGGUGGUGGAAGAAUUUCUGCUCACAUAGAAAGUGUGAACCUAUUUGCAGGUCAGUACCUUGCUCAUGGAGGUCUUAGCGGUAAUGGUAUAGCUCAAAAUGCUGGUGGUCCAGGCACCAUCUACAAGUUUGAGUCAGAGAGAGGACCACAGUACAGAGAAUUAAAGUAUAAUCCCAGACUAAAUAAAACCAUAGUAGAACCAGAACACAGAAAGCUUACAAUAGAAAAUGGUGACCUGCAAACCACAAACCCCGCUGUAGUUAUGGAAUCAAACUCUGACUAUUAUGAGUUUGAAGAAGUACAAGUAGAAGGCAAUAGCUAUGUCCAUUUCUACCAUCCUGAAUCAGCUAACACAGUUGAGGUGAUCAUUCAUGAGUUAACUGGUAACAGAAAAGGUAUGGUCAGGGUACAGAGUGGUCAACAAGUCAGGAUUAAUUUUGUAGAAGCAACCCAUACCUAUCUUGAUGCUCCUUGUGGUUUCCAUGUUGACCCAGAUGGUGAAAUUGUUCUUCCUUCUACAGUUGUCAUGCUUACAGAGAAAACCAUUCUUGGAGGAAUGAUGUUUGGUGUAGAAGAGCUAAUCAUUGAGCGAGCUGCUGAAUUUGUUAUUGACAGUAAUGCAAGUACCUCUGCUAUUGAUACUAUUAAUAAUUUCUAUAGUGGAACCAUGAGCUUACCAAAUCCUGGAGUUGUUAAUAUUCCUACUAUUUCUGUGAACAACCUUGGAGUAUUCACAGCUGAUACGAAUCCACUUCAUCCAACCGUCAUGUCUGGGUACUUCACUGUUCGCAAUGGUGGAUUAUUUGCAGCCAACUCUUACCAAGUAACCCUUGAAACUUCAUACCUAGAUGUAGAAUAUGGAGGGUCUAUCGAUGGCUCAAGUCAAGGUUAUUCAACAGAAGAAGGGCCUGGAGCUGGUUCAGCAAACUCAUAUGAUGCCAGUGGUGGUGCUUUAGCAAGUAGAGGUGGUAAUAGUUAUCAUGGAUCAUCAAGUGGUAGCCCAUACGGACACACAAAUUGUUCCGAUAUUCAGUACGGCAGUGGUGGCGGUGGAUCUAAUGGUGGCGCUGGAGGCAGCUACAUAGAAAUCAUAGUUGGAACACAAAUGACUUUAGAUGGUACAAUAGCAGUAAAUGGGGAAUCUGGUUUAAGUGGGAACUACAUAAGUGGAGGUGGUAGUGGUGGUACAAGCAAAAUAACAGCAGCCUCCCUUGUUGGACAUGGUACCAUAACUAGCCAUGGUGGAAGUGGGUCUGGAGGAACAUACUAUGAUACAUAUAGAGGUAAUGGCGGUGGCUCAGGCGGUAGAAUCUGUGUGUUACUGAGUGAGGACCUGAGAUUUCUUGGCACUAUGUCUGCACUUGGUGGUAGUGGUGCAACAUAUCAUGGAUCCCCGGGAACAGUUUGGGUGCAGUCUACUGUAGGCUCGGACAUAACAAGUCACAUUUGGGUGGACCAUGCUGACAGACCAUUUAGUUGCACCACUUAUCCUGUUAACAUUGAUGUAACCUCUAUAAACAACUUCCAUCCAAUGAGGAAAGCUUGUGUGUUCCCCACUGAGGACAUUGUGGUUGAACAUAUUGGUGGUGAUGGAGAUGGUGAAAUCCAGAUAAAUGAAGAUAUUACAAUGGAUCUGGCCCAGGACUUCACACGCACACAUGUCCAAUCUUCACUUAACAUCAAUGGCAUUGUCAAUUUCCCAUCAACCACUUAUGCUGAACAGUAUGUUACAAAUGAGGGCUUCAUUGUGGGUGUAGAGCAUUGGUACUCAAGAGGUCAUACAAAAUUCAUUUCAACAGGCCAGUCAAGUUGUUCCACAACCAAUCAUAAAGGGAUGUACUAUUUCACAUCAUUUACAACAUUGAGUGAUGGUCAUUUCUCUAUAGCCGAUGAAAGUAGCUAUGACGUCAAAGAUGGCAUUACAGUGUUCACUGAUACAUUCCACAUGGAAGGACAGUCACAUGGAUAUAUAAACAAGUCUGCUAAUAUUAUGGGUAGAGUUCUGGAAAUUGAGAAGCAGUCAGUCUUAGAUGGCAUUAAUGAAGGCUAUGGCACUAACUCUGGACCUGGUGCUGGUUGUACAAGUGGUUGCGGCUCAGGUGGGGGUCAUGGUGGAAGUGGAGGUAGUUGCAACGGUUGUGGAAGCUGCGGAGGCGGAAGCACCUAUGACAGCAACAUUCUGCCAUCUCUGUCUGGUAGUGGGGGUGGAAUUUGUUCCCAUGGUACCAGUGACGUUGGCCGUGGAGGCUCAGCAGUAAGACUUGCUCAUACAUUUACUGUUGUAGAGGGUAUGGUGACAAUGAAUGGAGAAGCUGGCUCAGGUGGUGGAGGUGGCGGUGCUGGUGGAUCAAUCUGGCUAGAUGGUGAAGUUGUUGAAGGCUGGGGUCACCUUUAUGCUGAAGGAGGUAUAGGCUAUUCUGAUUCCUGCAGCUAUAGUUCAAGUCAUAGAGGCGGCGGCGGUGGUGGAGGAAGGAUUAGAUCAUGGGGUAAAGAUGUAUCAAGCAAAGUACUGUGGCACCAGAGAUCAGUAGCUGGUGGAUCUGGGUCAUACCGCAGUGGCAACACUGGCUCAAUCUACAGCACCCAUGGUGAUGUGUGUAGUGGUUAUGGUACAUGGAACUUCUCAUCUCUGCUAUGUGACUGUGACAGUGGAUAUGUAGGUUAUGACUGCCAGUUUUAUUGCGAUGAUGACAUCACCUGUAGAGGAAAUGGUAUAUGUAAUGAUCAGGGACAGUGUGAAUGUAACAGUGGGACUGUUGGAACACACUGUGAAAGCCAGUGUCACAGAGACAUUGACUGCAGUGGUAAUGGUGACUGCUCUACAUGUGGAUUCUGUGUAUGUGAUCCUUGCUUCUCAGGGCCAGACUGCUCCAUAGAGUGUAACGGAGCUGGAAGUUGUGUUGCAGACCAGUGUGUCUGUGAUGACUGCCACUUAGGGAUCCAGUGUGCUUCAGAGUGCAAUGGACACGGAUUCUGCAAUUCUUCCAGUCUUUGCUCAUGUGAUGAUAACUGGGCCGGAGACAAGUGUACGAUCAGGGGUUGUCCAGGACCAGACUGUAAUGGACAUGGAAUCUGUAACUCAGGAACAAGCAAAUGUUUCUGUGACAUAGGAUGGUUAGGUGAUGAUUGUGGCGAGCCAGACUGUCCUGGAGAACCAAACUGCAAUGACCAAGGACACUGUAAUACCCAGUACGAUCCACCUAAAUGUACAGACUGUGAUGAUGGAUGGAUGGGAGCAGAUUGCGGAAGUGUUUGUCUACAUGGAACACCAAACAAAGACGAGACAGUGUGUAACUGCAGUCAGACAUGUUACCAUGGUAUUGGGUGUGACAUAGAGUGCUCUAACAAUGGUGAAUGUGAUCCAGAUGGAUCAGGUGACUGUUACUGUGAUCCACUGUCAGGAUGGAGUGGUACUUACUGUGAAGUACCUGGCUGCCCAAGAAGCCCUGAUACAAAUGUGGAAUGUAGUAAACGUGGUGAUUGUGACUCAGAAAAACACAAGUGUGAUUGUGACGCAGGAUGGCAAGGUGUUGCUUGUCACAUACCAGACUGCCCUGGUGAUCCUGACUGCUUUGACCGUGGAACAUGUGAUGAAUCCACAAACCCACCUAUAUGUGUGUCCUGUUAUGAGGACUGGAUGGGUCCUGCUUGCAAUGAUCCUUGCCUGCAUGGUGUUCAAACCCCGAUGAACAGUGGGAACUGUUCCUGUGAGGAAGGCUGGACAGGUGUUGGUUGCAAUUCUGAGUGUUCAGAACAUGGUGAAAUCAGUGAUGUCACCAAUCUAUGUGUAUGUACAUAUGAACUUGGUUGGAAGGGAAGAUUAUGUGAUAUUCCUGGAUGCCCUGGCCUAUUUAACCUUGACUGCAGUGGAAGAGGUGGAUGUGACAGUACAUCAGCAAAAUGUUCUUGUAACAGAGGUUGGCAAGGUCUUGGAUGUGAGGAAGCAGAUUGUCCAGGAGAACCUGACUGUAACAACAAUGGCACCUGUGAUGACUCAAAUGAUCCCCCUAUUUGUCGAUGUUACGAUGGUUGGUUUGGAGACGCCUGUCAGAAGCCCUGUGUAAAUGGUCAAAUGAGUCCUGUAGGUAGUCAGAACUGUCAGUGUGAUCCUGGUUGGGUUGGCAUAAACUGUGAUGUAGAGUGUUCUUACCAUGGGGUGAUAGUCAACAAUAAAUGUCAAUGUGAUAUUGGCUGGAGGGGUUCACACUGUGAUAUUCCAGGUUGCCCAGGUGAGACAGAAGAUUGCUCUGGUCAUGGCCAGUGUAAUGCAGAGGAACAUAUAUGUGUUUGUGACAGUGGAUGGACAGGUGAAGAAGAUGAGCAUGGCUAUGUAGAACUGUUGACGAAUGCCUGUGAUGUACCUGACUGUCCUGGUACACCAGAUUGCAAUGGAGAAGGCGAAUGUGAUGAUACUCUUACAACUCCCAAAUGUAGAAAUUGUAACCCAGGGUGGAUGGGAGAAGCAUGUGAAGAUAUUUGUGAUGCUGAGCAUGGAGUACAGAGCCCAAUGAACAGCGGUUUCUGCGAGUGUGACAGUUGCUAUACAGGCAAAGGCUGUAAUGUUGAAUGUAGUGAACAUGGUACCUGUGAAGAUGGUACAUGUAACUGUACAGUUGGCUGGAGAGGAUCAAAAUGUGAGGUACCUGGAUGUCCUGGAAAUGAAACUGACUGUACAGGUCAUGGAAAUUGCAACUCUGCUAUACAUAAAUGCACAUGCCUACCAGGCUGGACAGGUGAUGAUUGCAGUAUCCCAGAUUGUGGAGAUAGGUCAUGUUAUGCAGAUGAGGGAAGAGGCUACUGCGAUGGAUCGUCUGGAAUACCUGAAUGUGUGUGCAACAUACAAGAUGGAUGGUUUGGUCUUGAUUGUGAUAAGCAGUGUAUGAACGGCACAGUGGUAAUGAACAUCCUUGGUGGAGAAUGUGAAUGCUUUGAUUGUUACAAUGGUGACAGAUGCCAGAUCGAAUGCUCAGAAAAUGGAUUCUGCAACUCCCACAGAAAUGAAUGUGUCUGUUACAGUGAACCAAAAAAUGCUUGGACUAAUGUUCUGUGUGAAGAUGAGGCUUGCCCUGGAGAGGACAAUAAUUGUAAUCAGCAUGGUUCCUGUGUUCAAAUGGAGUGUCUUUGCUUUUCUGGUUGGCAAGGAGAUGAUUGUGGCACACCACAAUGUCCAAACAAUUGCACUGAUCAAGGUGACUGUGUAUAUGACGAGGAUCUGGAGGCUGCGGUAUGUAGAUGUUAUGAGGAGUGGAUAGGUAAAGACUGCAGUACUCCAUGCAUCAAUGGUACCAACAAUGGAGAUGGAACAUGUACAUGCUACAGACCUUGUGAUACAGGAAUUUCUUGUAAUACAAUUUGUAAUGGAAAUGGACAAUGUGACAGUGAUGGACAAUGUGUGUGUGACUUUGAUCUUGGCUACAAAGGUGACCAGUGUGACAAGGAUGGCUGCCCUGGGUGGCCUGAGAAUUGCAUGGGUGUGGAACAUGGAUCAUGCAAUGAGGCCAAUGGAAAGUGCAAAUGUGAGCAAGGAUGGAAAGGUAAUGCAUGUCAUAUCCCUGACUGCGAUUGUCAUGAUAUCAAUGCUACAUGCGAACAGAGAGAAGGUGACAGCAAACCAAGAUGUUACGACUGUGACUCGCCAUAUAUUGGAGACCAGUGCCAGUACAAGUGUUAUCAUGGAGUGGAAGAUCCAGAUAAAUUUCAAUGUAUUUGUGACCCAUGUUACAAUGGAGAACAGUGUGAUCUACAGUGUAAUAACGUAGGCAUCUGCUCAUCAGAAGGAACAUGUGAUUGUGGCUUUGAUGGGUUUAGAGGAGAAUACUGCGAGAAUGAAGAAUGCCCUGGUUAUGACAUUUCAUGCUCUGGACAUGGAACUUGUAAUGCUGGCACAGGAGUCUGUAAGUGUGACCCGGGUUGGAUUGGUGAUGGCUGUCACAUUGUUAAAUGUGAGAAUGACUGUAACAAUGCUGGUACAUGUCUGGAACUGGAUAUACCGGUCUGUAACUGUAGUUCUGGUUUCUUUGGAAGUGAUUGUGGAAGUUUCUGCUACUCUGGUGAAAUCAUCACUCCAAAUCCAGAUGACCUGUCGCAAGAAUACUGUGAAUGUAGUCCAUGUUUCACAGGUUUUGAAUGUGAUACAGAAUGUAAUGGGCGUGGCUUAUGUACUAAUGGCAUUUGCGACUGUGGGUCAGAUGGCUGGAGGGGAGAUUACUGUGAAAAAGCUGGAUGUCCAGGACUUGAUGGUGUAGAUUGCUCUUCACAUGGAUCUUGUGUGACAGGAUCCAACACAGAAAUAGGAACUUGUCAGUGUAAUACAUACUGGGGUGGAGAUGGUUGCUGGACUGCCGAAUGUCUCAAUAACUGCUCAGGAAGAGGGUAUUGUAACGAUUCUACUGAUACACCAUUCUGUAGUAACUGUGAACAAGGUUGGAUGGGAGCAGACUGUAGUGAACCUUGUUAUGGAAUACAGGAACCCAUGGACAGUGGUAACUGUGUAUGCGAGAGUAACUGCGAGAGUCAGAGUGACAACUGUUACUCAACAUGUAGUGGUCACGGAACCUGUGAUUCAGGUACCUGCAUUUGCCAUGAUGGCACAGGCUACAACUCACUUGGCUUCUGGGGUGACCUCUGUGAAACCACUGGGUGUCCGGGAAUGUACGAGUCAUGUAGUGGACACGGUCAAUGUAUACAAGGAAGUUGUAGUUGUGACCAAGGCUGGAGAAUAAAUGAAACAUCUUGCCAUGUUGCUGAUUGCCCUGGUACCCCAGACUGCCAAGGACAAGGCACUUGCAACACAACAGGGGACAUUCCUUUCUGUCAAUGUUAUGAAGGUUAUAUGGGUGUGCAGUGUGAAUACGAGUGUGUUCAUGGAGAACCACAAGCAGACUACACAUGUAAGUGUGACCCAUGCUACACAGGAGGUGCUUGUGACCAGACUUGCAAUGACCACGGAAUCUGUGACAAUGGAACAUGUGCAUGUGACACAACUUAUUGGGGAGAGUUCUGUGAAGAUUCAGGCUGCCCUGGGACUGGUGAGAGUUGUUCAGGCCACGGUCAGUGUAGCAUAGGCACCAAGAUAUGCUCCUGUUUUGAUCACUGGAAAGGAGAUGGCUGUGACAGUUGGGACUGUUUAGGUGACCCUGACUGUAGCAAUAGAGGUAUAUGUGAUGGUGCAACCUACUGGCCGCCAGCAUGUACUAACUGUACAGAUUCAAUGGGCGAUUACUGCCAGUAUGAUUGCAUUCAUGGAACAGAAUUUCCUGAAUUCUCCACUACAUGUAUUUGUGAUCCAUGUUUCCAUGGUUUAGACUGUAAUACAGAAUGUAGCAGUUUUGGAAUCUGCAGUAAAAAUUCAACAGGAAAGUUCUGCAACUGUUUAGAAGGAUACAAAGGAGACUAUUGUGACUUGCUUGACUGCCCAGGUGAUCCGGAUUGUUCAGAUUUUGGUCUAUGUAGACGUGAUGCAGAUACAAACUCCUCAGUGUGUCUGUGUAAUGCUGGUUUUGCUGGAGAUGACUGCUCACAGUUUGUUUGUCCAGGAUUUGAUGGAGAAAAUUACUGUAAUGGAAAUGGAGAUUGUCAGCUGUUGUCAGUUGCCCCACAAUGUGUAUGUAACCAUGGUUUCACAGACACAGCUUGUUCAGCUUGUGUUACAAACUUUGAAGGAGAUAACUGUGAACGUUGUAGAGAAAAUUACAUUGGAUAUAACACAUCCUGUGACGUCUUUUGUGCAAAUGGAUAUGCAACAGUUGAAGGUGGGGAAAUAUGUGAAUGCUAUGAUGAUGAUAGCAAUGGACACUGGAUCAAUCCGGAGGAUGGUUGUGUGACCUGUUUGGCCGGCUGGAACCCACCCCUUUGUACAGAAUGUGCCGCUAACUAUGUGGGACCAGACUGUGACAUCGAAUGUAUGGAUGAUCAAGGGUACUUCGUUGAUGAUGACGAUGGCAGUGAAAUCAUAGCAGCAAUUAUACCCGAAUUUAGAUGCGUAGAGCAGAUUGAUACAGACUUGUACAAUGCAUGGUUUGGCUAUACAAAUCCGAACCCUAACAAUGUCUACAUCACAUCUGAUAGUGAAAAUCAUGUGUUUGCCAGUAACAAACAGGUGGCUGAUCUUACUCCACCAACAAAGUUUAUAUCCUCAAAGUAUGGUCCAGUUGAAUAUGCUUUUGUUAUUGGGCCGGCAAAUAUGACAGAAAUAAGCCAGUACAAUUGGGAUGUCCAUACAUUGCAAGUUAAUGAAAUCAUGUAUGCACCAGUAGAUGUGUCAGUCAUUUGCACAGAGUCUCCUUCUAUGACUGAUCUUCCAGAAGUUACAGGAAAGUGUUCAUGUUACCAUGGUUACUUUGGAAACUCUUGCAAUAAUCAGUGUCCUGGAGGAGGAUCAAACCCAUGUUUUGGCAAAGGAAAUUGCAAUACUACCACAGGAGAAUGUACAUGUAUACAAGGGGCAGAUCAUAGUAGAAAUUGUGAGACAUGUAAGCCUGGGUGGUUUGGUGAUGAUUGUAAAUUUGCUGGAACAAAAAUAGAUCACACUCGUGAAUGGUAUCCUGGAAUGGUUUACGGAUAUGGUCAUUUCCAGAGUUUUGAUGGGACAAAAUACGAUUGUAACACGUUUGGUCAAUAUUUGCUAACAAGUGUGACACUUGCAACAUCACAGGUCCUAGAUAUACAUGUACUGCGGGUUGGUGGUGCAAAUGAGGUCCCUGUUGCUGUUACAAAUGCAGUCUCUAUAUCUAUAGGUGGCAGCACAGUUGUUAUCCAAGCCAGUGACGAUGGAUCAGGUGGUUUUGUCUGGCACAACGAUGAAUCUGUACAUGUUGGCAGCGGAAUUGAACUUGCCUCAGAAGUUAAAUUGUUGCAGAAAUCCCCAACCCAGUAUGUACUUACGUCAUCAACUGACUUUUAUGUAAAUAUAGAUAUCGAAAAAGGCUAUAUUAAUACAUUUGUUAAAGCCAAGGAUUCCAUUUGUACAACAGCAGUUGGUUUGUUAGGUCAAUGUGAUACAGACAUAACAAAUGACUUUAUAAUGUCAGAUGGAAAUGUUCUUAUUGAAGGUGACACUACACAUGCCUUAACUAAUGAAAAUGUUGCAGGCAUGUUUGCUCAGUCAUGGAAAAUGGAAAAUGAAGUAUUUUCUAAUAUCAUUCCUGGUUUCACUGGUGAAUCUGGAGAUACAUGUUUAAGAAUACAAUCUAGUCCAUUAGAAAGUAUGGAAGUAAACUACUUUACCAAGACAGAACUCACAGUGGAUAUAAUAUUUUACUUAGAAUUUGAAACAAAGGAGUGUUCCACUCUUUGGUCCUACAAAAACCCAGCUGGUGAUAUAUUCGAAGCUCUGAUUUGUGACAAGUAUCUUUCAUAUACAACCUCCAGUCAAGGUUACACCAUCUAUUCUUUUGACAUUGAAAUAGAUCUUGCCAAAUGGUACAAGCUAUCUGUUGUCUGGACAAGAUCAGAUGAGAAACUCUUUUUCUACAUAAUAGAUGAAACACUUGGUGUCAUAAGUGAUUUUGUAUAUGCUAGCUCUGUGGUAGAUAUCCUCAGUCCUGGAGGAAUAUUCAGGCUAGGUAUCACUUACGACUUCCGUUACAGCUUUGAUGGAUAUAUUGAUGAUUUUACUGUUUGGAAAUCUUCCUUCUCUUUGAAUGAAAUUGUCACACGAGCUUUUGAAUACACUGUUCUUUCUUCAAAUGCUGACAUUGCCUAUCUGUGGAGAUUUAAUGAAGGAAAUGGAUAUACUUCAGAGGAUUCAUCUGAACAACAUAUACCAUUUAGUUGGCAGAGUGAUGCCUGGGCAAAUAUCCAUUGGUCAGUUUGUGCUUACAAAAUGACAUAUCCCUCUGCUGAAAAUAUUAGGGAUAUUCUCAUUUCUGACCCUCCAGUUGAAGAUGUUGAAAUCUAUGAAUCAUUAAUUAACUCAAUUCCUGGUAUUGACAGUCUAACAGAAUCAUCAAAAUAUAUGUACUUAGAAGAAUGGUUAAUGAGUAAGGCUAUAACUGGCGAUGCAGAAAGUAGAAAUGAAAUUCUGACUCCAAUUAGUGACACUAUAGAGCCAAAUCGAACUGCAGAAGAUUACCCUACAAGAGAACUAUGCAAUUCAUAUGAAGGGUCUAACUGGUAUGGUAAAAAUUGUGAUAUAUAUUGUGUUUUUGGAGCUGGAGACUUUAACACACAAGAUGAUCAGUGUUACUGUAAACAAGGUUAUUACGGGAACAGCUGUGAACACCAGUGCACUUAUGCCCGAGGAGAAUCUUGUGGUGGAGGAUCAUGUGAUACAUUUACUGGUACAUGCACAUGUUCUUCAGAGAAGUUUGAUCCUUCAAAUGGAUGUCGGACGUGUGCUAGUGGAUGGAUUGGGGAGGAUUGCUCAUCUGUAGCAGCAGUAAUACCAAAUUAUUUGUCUGUUUACAUAGCCAUGUGCUUUGGUCAAGGUAGCUGCAACAUGUUUGAUGGCCAGGCCUACAAAUUAAAAACUCCAGGACAGUAUCUCCUGUUCAACAAACUAUCUGAAUCACUGUCAGUGUAUGUUCGCAUGAGGCCUUGUGCACAUUGUAAAGUUUGUAUUCAGCAGGUUUGGAUUAAUAUGGAAUCUGAUGACUUUACAGUUAAAGUUCCACUAACAGAAGACAAUCCAAUUAUUUUAGAACACAGUGGUGUCAGUGUCACUAUACUUAGUCUUGAAACUUACAACAUUAAUUCAGAUGCAUCCAUUACCUGGCUGGACAAAGUUACUCUGCAGUUUGUUCAUGGCACUGUUACAGUUGAUAUUUCUUAUAUUGCUAGCUCUCCAUACCUUUCAGUCAGUGUAAAGACAACAUGUUCAGCCAAUGAUCAGACAGGCCUCCUUGGCAACUGCAACCAAGAUGUAAAUGACGACUUUCUUAACAGCUUGGGAAUUGCUGUUCCAUACAGUGAAAUAAGUGAUCAGAUUAUUGAUGAAGAAUUUUCUACCAAUUUUGUUAAUGAUCCUUUGGGAGAAAAUCAUUUUAUUUACAGUUACCCUGAUUUAAGUAUUGAAGAACCAGAAAAUAUGAUGCAAGGUUACAGUCUAUUCUUCAAUGGUAGCUGGGCAAUGUCAGGCAGAGUACCAACACAUUCCUUUUAUGAAGAUCAAAGUUUCAAUGUAUCUCUGGAAGUUAAGAUGCAGUUAUUUUCAGGAACAGGUCUAAUCUUGGGUUACUACGAAGCAAAUUCAGAUAACCAGUUCAGUCUCUAUUUGAAAUCUUCAAACUUAGAGAUAUUCCUGUAUGGAACAACAUAUGUUAUAGACUAUGCUCUGUCCAAGAAUGUAUGGUAUCAUGUUAUUGUAACAUGUGAUGUUUCAAACAGAAUGAUAGCAUUGUUCUUAUACUCAGAUAAAUUACUUCAAUAUUCAAACACGUUUUCAGUAGAUCAGCUCACCUUUCCAGCAUCUGGUAAUUUCUUCCUAGGAGGCUGGACAAUAGACCCUCCAAUGACAUUUGAUCCUUUCUAUGGCCUUAUAGGACAACUUAGGGUUUGGAACAUAUAUCUAGAUAGUCAGAAAAUAUACCAGCUGGUAAAUGAUGCCGACAUUAAAGGUGUGGUUGGCUUAGCCUUGGAUUACCAAUUUACUGAAGGCUAUGGAUUUGUGACUGAAGAUUCUGAGCAUAACAUUGGAAUGACAAUGUCAGACGUUGGUAACCAAGUUGCUUGGAUAGUAUCUGAUAAACCUGGCAGGACUAUCAGUGGCGACAAAUGUUCUAGUACUGUUGAUGAGGAUAGAAUUGCAGAAUGUGAAAAAAUGUUUUCAACUAAUUCAGUUUUAUCAGCCUGCAGUGAUCUAGGCACUGACUUUUCUACAUUCUAUGUAGGUGCAUGUAAGAAUGACGACAGCUAUGUGCCAGCUCUGGUUGCAUACAUCGAAAUAUGCGAAACCAUUGUAGAGCCAGCAACAAAUCCGAUUGAUGAUCUUUGUCUUGACCACAAAGCUGAACAUUAUGACAGUUUUUGUGGACAUUUCUGUAUGCAAGGCACGCCAACAGACAAAGGUUGUGAAUGUGAUGAAGGGUUCUGGGACUGGAACUGUGCAAAAGAGUGUCCAAAUCGUGUUGGUCUGAGCAACAAGCCAUGCUUUGCUCAAGGUUCAUGUGAUGUUACAAGUGGUAUUUGUAUUUGCUACCCAGGUUUUAAUCCAAGUCAAGACUGCAGAAAUUGUACUGCACCAUUUACUGGAGAACUCUGUGAUAAGUUUGAUCUUAUCUUGCCAGAUCCACCAAGUGGAAGCAAUGAUACUGAUAAUGGUGGUAACAGUGACAAUAGUACAGACAGUGGCAGUGGAUCAGGUACAGAUACUGGUAGUGGUAGUAACGGUACUGAUGGCAGCAGUGGUGACUCUUCUGAACCUGUUAAAUCAACAUGUCAGAUAUUUGGCUCUGUAAAAGUUAAAAUGUUCUCUGGAGAAUCUUACAGAAUUUUAACUUCUAAUGAAUGGUUUCUGCUGAAGCCACUCAAUGCCAGUUUUCCAGAAAUGAAAUUUCGAACAGUACAGUGUGGAAAAAAUAUUUGUGUGAGAUCCCUGCUAAUAACAUUUGAAUCAGAGUCAAUACUUGUUGACGGCACUGGUAAUAAGUCAGACAGAAUAAAAGUGAAUGGAAAUAAUAAUCCUUAUUCAUCAGAGUAUUUCAAAUAUCUUGAAAAAUCAGAUAGUAUUGUGGUUCUUAGAAGGAAAAAGUCGAAAAUGGAUUACUUUGUCAAUGUGCGUUUGAAGUUCAAAAGUAAGGGCUACCUAGCAGUUUUUAUCAAAACAGACUGUGCUGAUUGCUCUGACAAGUCUGUUUGUUCCCAAAAUUCAUCAGAUUUAGACUUGUAUAACCCCACAGAUACAGCAACCUUCGCUGACAUUCUAGUUCCUGAAUCCGAAAAGACUCUUCAAGAUGGUGUUAUAGAGCCUAAUACUAUCUCUGGGUAUAGCUUAAAAUUUGAAUCUGGCUCUGAUAGCAGUAUUUCGAAACCAGAUGGGGAUUCCACUUCAAAUGGUAGCAGCAUUAUUGUGCCAGCAAGUGGGGAUAAGUUUACUUCUAUAUCAACAGGAAUAUUGAAAAAUGUAUUCUCGCCAGACCAACAAAAUACCAUAAAGCUUAGUUUAAAACCAGAUGAUUAUAGUUCAGGUGGAAUUUUUCAAUAUGUUGGACAAUCAACAUUUGUGGUUUUUCUUGAUAACAACACAAUUAAGGUUCAAGCAGAUUCAAAAAUAAUUGAUACUGGUAUAGUAGUCCUUGCAAAUGAAUGGACAGAUAUUGAAAUGACAUUUGAAAAUGUAGGAGAAACAGUGACUUUAGAUGUUAUUCCACAUGUGACCCUUUCCAAGGAAACAAAAACAUUUACUGUGUCAAAGGAUUGUUUCACAGAUACUGGGCAAAUAGUUUUAGGUAAACCCAAAGGAUCCUUCCAACCGAGCUUAGGGAUACCUACUGAUGGAUCGUUUUCAGGAGAAAUGGAUGAUGUUGUGGUUAACUCUGGUGACAGUGAAGAGCCUGUAUUUGAAUUAUCAUUUGAUGAAGGUGAAGGAACAAACAUAAUUGACAGCUCACCUGGAGGGAAUAACCUAAACAUCUAUGACCCUUAUGAUGAAGGAACUGUAGGUUUUUCAAUAUCAACUAAACCUGCCCCUGAAAUUGAAACAGACAUAAAUGCUAGAUUUAAUGAUGAAAUCUCAUAUGCAAAUGCAGUUGAAACAUGUAAGCAAAUGUUCAACAAUAGUGAAAUUAAAUCAAUUUGUGUCGAUUUAGGCAGUUCAAGUGAUACAGUUUUUGAAACCAGUUGCAUUGAAGAUAUUGCAAGAAAUGAAAAUGAUUUGUUGGUCGCAAAAGAUUCAGUUGAAUCUUAUUUAUCUCUCUGUUAUUAUCAACUUACUGAAAUUGAAGAGGAUGAAGAAAUACAAGAAGACCCAAUACGGUUCUUAUGUCAUGAAGAUUUUGUUGGUGUGGGGUUUGUUGGUGUGAAUUGUGAGAUAAGAUGUGUGCAUCCUGACCCUGAUGGUGAUGGCCUUACCUGCACCUGUCAGAAAGGGUACUGGGGUUCUGCAUGUGAGCAUGAAUGCCCUGGAGGAGAAGCAAACAUUUGUUCUGGCCAUGGGUUCUGUAAUUCUACCUCAGGUGAAUGUACAUGCAGCUCAAACUUCAAAGGGAAUAAUUGUUCUGAGUGUGGCACAGGAUGGUAUGGCAUUGAUUGUAAUGUAAAGGUUCAAGAUACUUUAUUUAGUUCAAAGACAUAUUCUGCUUUUAUAGCAAGUAACAGUCAUUUGAAAACAUUGGAUGGAGCUUAUGUACAAUUUAAUAAUAAAGAUAAGCCCUGUGAUUUGUACUCUGAUGGUACCGUACAAAUAGAAGCUCAGUUUGGUCCAUCUGACAAGUAUUCAAGCGCAGUUAAAGCUGUUGCAGUUGAUGUAGGUGGUGAAACAGUAACAAUUUCACCACUGGACUAUGGAACAGUAAAGCUGAAUGGAGUGGAAUUAUCUCUUGGUUCAGUAGACCUUCCAUCUGAUUACAAGAUAGAGAAACAGAGUUUAACAGAAAUUCUCAUUACAGGCCCAGAUAACUUUCAGAUGAAAUGUUCAGUUUCUGCAGGAGAUAGUGUUGAUGUUCAUAUGUCAGUUGAUAAAGCAGGAUGCAAUCAAGCCAGUGGUAUAUUUGGAAAAUGUUCAGCUGGUGAUGUAGAUGAAUGUGAUACUGGAGAUAAAACAUGCAUAAUAACAAACGUAGGGGUGGUAGAUGCUGUCAAGAAUCACAACAUAAACAAAAAUGAAUUAGAUGAGUACUUUGCUGAUAUAAGCAAAACUUACGAUGACAGUGCUUUUGCAGUAGAUGGAGAAAAACAGAUGACUGCUGGUACUUCUGUGCAAUUGUCCUCUGGAGGGUAUAUUUCUCUCCCUACAUUAGAUGAAGAUGUGAUUAAUGAAAAUACAAAAGAGAUAUCGGUUGAGCUAAGAGUGAAAUUUGACAAUAAGAAUGAUGGGACAAUUCUUAGUAUUGCAAACACCAAUACAACAAUUGGUAUAGUUGUAAAAAAUGAAAAGUAUUCAAUACAGUUUGGAGAGGAAAUUUACCCUACCUCUAUUCCAGUUACAGAGGGAAAAUGGACUAAUCUUGGUUUUUCCUUUAAUGAGACUUCAGGAGAAAUACUUUUCCAUGAGAUACACGAAACUAGUUACGGACAGUACAAGUUAAUAAACAUUUCCAAAGAAAUAGAAGAGUUUGGUUCUCCAAUAGUGGAAGGGAGCACUGCAGUUAUAGGCAAAUGGCAGAAUGUUACAACUUUGUUAAAAACGUCUGGACCUGGUACAGCAACUGAAACACUAGACUUCACAGUUGAUAGGACUAUAGUAUAUCAAGGUGUAAAUACAAUUGCAGACUUCGAAAAUCACUUUGGGCAAAAUUACGAAAAAUUGGAAUCAACAAUAGAUUCACUAUCCCUAGACUCUUUUGAGAAUGGAGGUUUAACAUCUGACCCUUCAACUGAAAAGUUGCUUGUUCUAUGUAUGAAUUUUGAUGAAGGUGGUGGAAACCAAGUAGCUGAUUCAGUAAAUGGCAAAGCAGGAAUGAUAAGUUUCCAAGGCAAUCAUGAAUGGAAAGAAAGUGACCCCCCAAUAACAGAUUUGAGCAUAGCUGAUCAAAGUAGCUAUUCAUUGAUUCCAAAUGAUGUUGACUCUAAAAUUAUGUGUGAUAGGAUAAUAGAGACUUUAAGAUCUCAAUGCUCUCAUCUGGUUGAUCUUUUAGAAUUUUUGUACACAGCAUGUUUGAAUGAUGGUCUUCAGUCAGGUACCCCAGAUAAUACAAUUGAUAUAGCAAAGGUUGCUGCAGAUGAAUGCAUGAGGAUUGCAGGCUUACCUGAAAGCCCCAUAAAUAUUUUAUGCAAUGAAUUUGGUAAUAGAAAAUAUUCAAAAUACGGUGGUGAAGAUUGCUCAGAAAAGUGUACAUUCGGGGAGUUUGAAAAUGGUGUCUGUAAAUGUGCUUAUGGCUACUAUGGCUCAGAAUGUCAGUUUGAGUGUCCUGGUGGUCAUUUGACACCUUGUAGCAAUCAUGGUGAAUGUGAUGCUACCACUGGUACAUGUACAUGCCAUUUUGCAUGGAGUGGUAAUGCAAUUUGUAGUAUUUGCCAGGAAGACUGGUCGGGUGAUACUUGCAACAUUCAGAAAACAGACCCUACAGCAGACAUAGAUGACAUUGGUGAGGAUGUUGAUUACAUUGAUGGAUCUGAAUCGUUUAAUGGAACAACCCCUACAGUAAUAGAUGACAAUAAAGGAAUGAGAUGCAGAGUGAAGGGGAAAAAUGGGAAGAUAAGAAUGUUUAGGAAAGCUUCAAAGAAACUUAAAAAUACCUUUGAUAAAGCUGUUCUACUGGAAAUAGAAAAUCUUCGCAUAUUGGUUCGACAAAAUAGGAUCAGAUUCAAGAAAAAUGGUAAGAAGAAAAAGCGGUUUGCUAUUGACAGAGUUUUUAUAACUCACAAAAGUAAUUACAUCAAUUUUGAAAUAGUUCGAAACAGUAAAACAAAGCAUGGAAAUCGCAAAUACAAAGCUUAUAUUGAUGGAGUAAAAUGGAACAACAACAAUGCGGCUGAGAGCUACAGAAUUGGAGAAAUGCGGAUAAGGAAAAAGAAUGCAAAAAAAGUGAUUAUAACGAUCAGGGAGAUCGGCUUUAGAAUGGCUGUUAUAAGAGGAAAUAUUUUCUUCAGACUUAAUAUCAGAUUGUUAUCAAGCUUAUGGGAGAAUAGAGGUCUUUGUAACUAUGUCCCGGACUCAAUUAGCAACUUAAUCACAGAUGAAUACAACGUGUACACUGAGACUAAACAAGUUGAUGGCCAGGCUGGAACUUAUUGCUCUGCUGAAACCGAUUUCAGUACUGAUGAAUUCAUUGACAACACCGAUAUUUCAAACAAGGAUUCUGGUUUAGCACUCUGCUGUAACUCUGCAAGUGCAAGCACCAGAAAAUUCAAGUUGUUUGAUAGUUCAACAAAGGAAGUUACCAUCUCGUUCUAUCUCAAGACCUGCACAGGAUGUCAUGGAGUCAUUUUCUCUUACACAAAAAAGAAACCUUUCAGUCUAGACUUUAAUGGAGAAAUAUUGAUUUAUUAUGGACAAAACAGCGUAUGGGAAACUGGAAUUGAGCUCAAUGAUAAUGAAUGGUAUCAGAUUGUUCUGACUUAUUCCAAAAAGGCAAAGAAAAUAGUACUGUACGUUUUCAAUCAAAAUACAGGAAAUACUCCAACUGUUUACACCAUUGAGAAAUUCAAGGACACAAAUCCAUUCAGAAAUGGUGGCUCCCUUUCUCUUGGCAAAUUCCAGAUAAGCCAAGAAACAAAUGGAUGGAAGAAAACAGAUUCUUUCGUUGGAUGUUAUGAUUCUCUAGGGUUCACCUCCAGAGCCCUUGAUGCAGAUACUAUCUCUUCUCUAUACUCAAUGAAGUUGGAAUCAGUUGAGUCUUAUAUUGAAAGUAUAGGAACAACAUUCUUCUAUUACGACUUUGAUGAGGAAGCGUCCUACAGUGAAGGAUACAUGGAACUAAAUUUGGAUGACGAUGAAUUAGAAUUACUUGGCAUCAACGCAAGAAAGACUAGACUUAAAAUUUAUAAUAGUCCUUUAAAUUCCUGCUAUCAAAGAACUUCUGACAGUCCACAAUUUGAUGAUGAAGUCACCUCUGUCCCCAUGGACCGCAAACGGCGUGAAGUCAUUGAUAUCAACUAUGGCAUACAGAAAACCAUUAAUGACAAAAGCAGUGACACGUAUGAAUAUAGAAGUCACAAGAACAGGCUACACUCGAGAACAAAAAGAGAUGUGACAUAUGAUUAUGACACAUUCUGUGAAAAUGUAUUCAAUGGAGCCUCUUCAACAUUAGCCACAAGUUGCAGUGCGUCUGCACUUCUACCGAUAAAGAGUGAGGCAUUAUUUGACUGCAUUGAUGCAGAAGGUGAUGGCGAGGAAAUAGCCAGUGCAAUUACUGGUUUUGCUGACGAUUGUGAGGAAAGUCUUGGUCUUGAUUUUUGGCCAGCUGAAGACACAUGCUCCGAAUUCGAAAACGACUUUAAUUUGUUCCCUUACAUGGAUGAGUCAUGCAGGCUACAGUGCUACUUCGGUAGACGUGAGUCCUCCUCGUCCAACUGUUUAUGUGACGAUGGUUAUUGGAAUGAAACAUGUUCUGCAAUAUGUCCUGGUGGUGCAGAGGUACCGUGCAGUGGCUUCGGAACAUGCGACCAAACAACAGGAAAAUGUAGUUGCCCAACAAACAGAAUGGCAUCGGAUGACUGCAGUGUCUGCUCCGACAGUUGGCACGGUGUUAACUGCGAGAUUGCGAUUAAUGAGAAAGACGCCAGUGUGAAUGAUUCUAUUAUAAGUGUAGGGCAGCUUGGAAUGAUAUAUACCCUCGAUGGAAUUAGCUAUGCGGUGAAAUUGCAAGGAGAGGUAUUGAUUUUUGCGAUAUCUGAUAACAUUAUUAUGCAAGGAAAAUUUGUCACCUGUUACCAAAACUACUCAUGUAUGACAUUCUUAGCUGCACGUAUCGGUGAUAGUUCCAGUGGUUAUGCUACCAUCACAGUACAAGCUAAGAGAAUAUAUGGCUCGAAACCAAUAGUUUAUAUUAAUGAUGUUUUAAAUGUCCUUGACACAGCUGCUUAUUUUGACGGAUUCAGAGUGUACAGAUCAAAUUUCUUUGAGACGAUAAUUGAAGUGAAAGAUAUGGUAAAUUUCCAUGUGCGAAGUGAAGGACAAUAUUUACAUCUUACCGCCAAAGUUCCUGAUAUAUACGUAACACAUACAUCUGGAUUGCUUAGUGGAUCUUUACAUGAAAACAUUACUGACAAACUUUAUUACAUAUAUAGUGCUUCUGUUCCAACUUUUGAUAUCUGCACUGAUGCGUCUCCAGUGCAGUCUGUCCAAACUUCAGAAAACUCUUUAACUUUAUCCCAGACAAGUUUCACGCAAACAUACGGAAAUGAAACAGAAUUUAACGCAUCGAGGUUUAUAAUCUCUGACUGUGACAGUAUCAUUUACUUUCCUAGUGAAGACUACAAAUAUCAAACGCAAGGAGGCUACGGUCUUAGAUUCAGCAAAUCCAGCUUGACUCAUGAGUUUGGUGUUGAUAUAAACACUACUUCAGAGUUAACAAUAGAGCUUUUGGUCAAACAGAAUCAAGCUAAUAACAGCGGUGUCCUUUUCUCCUUUACAAAUGAAAAGUCCCUUCUUCUGGUGGGAGGACAGUCUUCACUUGAAAUUCACACAUAUUCUGCUGAUAAUGAAACAGUAUAUGACACAAAAUUGGUACUCGAUGAAAAUUACUGGAACAAAGUUGUCAUGACGUACAAUAAUGAGGAUGGUUCAGCAGCUGUGUUUGUUUUUGAUAAAGAUUCAGCAGUUUCAACAACCGAUAGUUUUGAACUUGAGACUGGCUUAUUUAACAGCACAGGAGUACUUACUAUAGGUCAUUGGCAAGCUCCAUCCGACAGUAAACAAUACUCAUUACCAUCUGGUUUUCAAGGUAGUAUAGAAAAUUUUCUUAUUUGGAAUGUUGCUAUAUUAGAAAGCGAAGUGACAGAACUCUGGGGAAUGGAUCCUGCCAUCCCUUCAGAAAGUCUUAUGUUCUCUCUCCAGUUUGAUGAAGGUGAUGGUCUUUUGACUUCGGACAGUAUAGCAAAUGCAGAGGUUGCGCUUCCAAAGUAUCCAUGGAAAUCUCCUGAAUGGUUUAUUUCAGAUCUUCAAUAUUCUAACACAAAUAUGCCCUACUUUGCACUUAUUUAUUUCAAAAAUGUUUCAUGGGAAAGUGAGGCCUACAGUAUUUGCGCUUCUGAAAUCUUUUCUGCGGAUUGCCAAGGAAUGACUAAUAGUACAAAGCAGUUUUUCUUUAUUGUAUGUCAGCAGGCUUUAUCUGUAACGCGAGACACAACAUCCGGAUAUAAUGUUAUUUUAGAUAUGUUAAAUUUGUGUCAGUCUCAACAUAACGUGGCAGCAUCUGAGGUCACUUCAUUUUGCUCAAGCCUAGACGAUACUGUAAAAAACGGCACAUCAUGUGAUUCAGUGUGUGACUUCGGUUUUGAGCAUUCGAACGGAACAUGUGACUGUUUUGGUGGUUACUAUGGCACUGCAUGUGAUAAUGUCUGUCCCGGGAAUUCGGAGUCUCCUUGUAAUAGCCAUGGUGAAUGCCAGGCGGACGGAACUUGUAAGUGCUGGUGGAAUUGGAAUGGCAGCAACGAUUGUUCCUCCUGUACUUCGGACUCCUAUGGGUGGAUGUUAGGUCCUGAUUGUAGCAUACUCAUACUCACAUCAUCUCUUUCAUCUGGAACAAACAGAAUAUCAGCAGUGUCGAGCAACGGAUACUACAUGACUUUUAAAGGACAGCAAAUUUCAUUCAUUGGCGAAACUGGGGCAUUCUUGUUGUUUCAUUCAUCGGACCUGAACGUUGAGAUACAUGUCUAUCAAGUGAGCUGUCAUUAUGGUUCAUGCAUAGCUGCUAUCUCAGUCGCUUCAGAUACUAAAAGCAUAGUCAUUGCACCCGCUGGAGAGGGAUAUAAACCAUUGAUAUAUAUAGAUGGUGUUCUUACAGAGUUAGAUGACACUACAAGCACCUAUGGCUCUGGUCCCACUUUAGGUGUCGUUCAGACUUCUCUAACUGAAAUAAGUGUCACAGCCACAAACAUUGGAAGCCUCACUGUGACAGUGUUGGUUCAAGAACAGUUUUUACAAGCAGCUAUCACCACAUCUCAAACGGUUUGCCAGCAAGGAACGGGCGUAUUUGGCAACUGUAGUGGAGGGAUGGAUUAUACGUCGAUGUCUAUUGCAGAAAUAUCCAAUUAUGUCGUCAACAGUUUCCGCUUGUCAAGCAGCAUAAUCUUAGAUGCUUUAGAAGCACCUGUUGGGGAUGGGUCAUCAAUAACGGGAUAUGCUCUGAAGUUUGAUGGAACAGCUGUGAUGUCAAAACAGAUAUCUUACCCAGCUGGAUUUUCUCUAACUGGUAUAGACAUUAGUUUAUCUAUGUACUUCAAACCAGCAAGAUAUGGAGGGUAUCUUCUCUCAUACAGUAAAGAUUCAAACUUUGCCAUACUCAACACACAACCUAUUAAAAUACAAUAUUCGACAUCAUUAAUUGAUACAUCAUUUACAGCUGAACUGGAUGUAUGGAAUCAGAUUAUUCUGACAUUCCGAAGAGAAAAGAAGCAGAUAGACGUUUACUAUUUUGGAAACAACUCACAAGUUAGCCAUGAAACUCUUUCCUUUGAUUGUCCAGAUGUCUUCGAAAGUGGUGGAACAAUCAUGCUAGGAGAAUAUGUACCGUCUGUGGAAAGCGAAAAAUUUACAUAUACUUCUGAAUCAUACUAUGGUCUCAUUGACGAAUUUACAAUUUGGAAAAAUGCAAUUCCAGCAGAUCUCAUUUAUCAAGCUCAUCUUCUUGGCACAAAAGAGUCAGGUUUCACAUCCGAACUUACAGCACUGCUUUCUUUCACUGAAGGAGUAGGAACUAUAGCAUUUGAAGUAGUAAGCGGUAUUAAUAUGAUUUUACCAAGUUCACCGUGGCAAUCCCCAUCCUGGAUCGUCUCUGAUCUGGCUCUUCAGGCUUUACGAACAACUGUCAGUGAAACAUACACAACAAUAGAUAUUGACCCGUACGUUGAAGCAAACUGUUCCUCAUUCUUUGAUUCGCAUACAGUUUCAAGUAACUGUGGGGGUGUUUCAGAUUUUAUUCGAUGGUGGUACAAACAGACAUGCAUGAUUACAGCCACCAACACCGGGAACAUUUCCGAUACGACGAUGGCUAUGGUUGAUUUUACUUCCGUUUGCGGCGUAACGGGUGGAUCUGUGUCAAACAUCUAUGAAACUUUAUGCAACCUAAAUAUCAACUUCCCAGGUUGGCUUUCACAAAAAUGCUCAAAUUGUGCCUUUGGCUUUGAAAACAGUGGUGAAUGCAUCUGUUAUUACGGUUACUAUGGAGUGAAUUGUGAUAGAGUUUGUCCUGGUGGCAUCAUCAGCCCAUGCAGCGGUAACGGAGAGUGCGACAUCGGUGGGAAUUGCCAGUGUUACGGACAUUGGACAGGUACGGACUGUAAUGCGUGCCAUAGCGGUUGGUCUGGUGAUGACUGCACAAUAUACACUGAUUCUUCAUACAUACCUCUUGAUAAUAAUGACCUUCUUGUGGCGCAGGUAAACCUAAUAGGACAGAUUUCAACAUUUGACGGUACAAUUUUGGACAUGCCGUUGAGGGGCUAUUACAAUUUGUUGAACAUUGGUGCAUUAGAUAUUGAACUUCAUGGUAGAUUUUCUGUUUGUUCAUCCGAUUCAGCCUUGCAUGUCUGCCUAAUUGGAUUUGUUAUCAUCCAUAAUGGUGAAAAGUAUUAUAUAAGUCACGAAGUCUAUGAUGGCACAAGCGUUGAAAUAAUGACACCAACUUCGACACAAAAAUUAUAUGAUACUUUGGCUCUAGGUGACAUUACCUUAAAACUCGAAUCCCCGACAACACUCAAGAUGACAGUGGAGAACUCGAAUUUGAUAGUCAGGAUGUCAUCAAUCAGUGAUAGACUUUUGGCAACUAUGUCUCUUCCCAAAUCUGAAUGGGAUAGUCUGCAUUCAACCAUAGAUGGCGUGGCGACAGCCUGUGAUACAGUUGUGGCGGUCACAGCAGCCAAUUGCAGUGUAAGCAGAGAUUCUAUCUGUUCUGAUCCAACGCAAGACAUUCCAGAUCAUUGUGAAAUGCCACACACCAAAGACGCAUUGAAGGUCUAUCUGAACAACAAUAUUUAUGAUGACGAUACAUUUAUUUCCACAAUAGAAGACGAAUAUCUUUCCGCUAUGGCUUCUAACUGUUUCAAUUAUUCGGGAACGGGUGUUUCUGCUACAGGACUUGCUUUACCAGAAUCAGAUUUUACAAUAGAAUUACAUGUACGACCGUUAACAACAGGUGGAAUUAUUUUAACAUACGAUUACAAUGGGGAAUACAUAAUCCUAAUAAAUCAUGCUGAUGGAAUUAUGGUGGCACUAGAUGAUGUUUAUUACACUACAGGAAUGCCGUUACAGUUGAAUUUAUGGAAUCAAAUAAGUCUCGCAUGGAGAGAUGAUGCCGACAUUUUGGAAGUUUAUCUCACAAAUGAUACAGGAGUUUCAACAGUAAAAGCAAUGGCUAUAUCUGGUUCGGUGUUUACAAGCGGAGGUACAUUAACUAUUGGUCAAAUAACUCCAGGACUCGGCGCAUCGAUUGCAAUGGGCGAUUUCACAGGUUAUAUUGACGAGGCUCGCAUUUGGUCUCGUCCGCAUAACCCAACAAUCAUAACUAGUAACUUCAGGGUAACUAUAAACGAUGACACUAGUGAUGUCUCCCAUAAUUGGAACUUUAAUGAAGGCAUUGACCUAACAGCAUACAAUGACAAAGGCUCUCAGAAUAUGGUAGCUAUAAACUCGCUCAAUCCGCCGAAAUGGGUCAGUUCUGAUAUUGACCUUACCGAGGAUAAAGAACUGGACGUACCUAGACUAACGACAGAAGAUGAACUUUCAGCUGCAGCUUUACAAGAAGCGAAAGACCUUUGUGCAAGCCUUAUUAGUGAUUUUUCAUUGUCAAUAGUAGGCUCAAGCGUAGAGAUGCUAACAUCUGUGUAUGAGGCACUAUGUGUACAAGAAUUGACAAGAACGGAUGACAUCACACAAGCAGAAGCGAUUUUUGCUGGUGCAGCCGACUUGUACAUUGGUGCUGAAAAUUCUUCAAACAAUCCACUUCAGAACAUGUGCAUUUCACUAGAAUCAAUAUCCGAUUACAUUGGGGCUCGUGGAGAAUUCUGUACUGCUUGCAUCUUUGGCAAUGUAAUGAAUGAUACCUGCGUCUGCUAUGAUACACACUGGGGAACAUCUUGCGGUGAUGUUUGUCCUGUCGCAACCCUUGGGCCCUGCAGCAGUUUUGGUGUUUGUGAUGCUGAAGUUGGCGUUUGUAAUUGUCACCCCCGACAUUACGAUACCUCGAAAACAGUUGUAGAAUUCUGGACUACUUAUUUGUCUUCUUCCAGUAUGAGCAUGCCAUCAAGUUAUGCCUGUGACAUUUGCUCCAGAAACUUCAUUGGAAAAGAUUGCGAGUUUGCAAAAUCUGUAAAAUCUAGUAACGCUGGAAUAAUUUACGGGUCGUAUAUCAGCACAUUUGAUGGCGUUUCGUUCACUCAUGCCACACCUGGAGUGUACACACUCGUAAAAUCUUCUUCCGUUAAUAUUCAGGCUUUAUUCUUGCCAUGUCUCGGAACACACACCUGUCGUUACCUUAAAGAAUUAGCUAUUAGAACGGGUAGCGCAACAUUCAUAAUUCAACACAAUACUGAUACCAAUGUUACUCUUGAACUUCAAGGUGAGAACGUGCAGUAUCCUAGUACUAAAACAUCAAACGGACUUUCAGUAGAAUGGACAAUAGAACCGUUUAUCAAAAUUACAUUUGGAAGUUCAGAACUAGUACUGUUUGAUUCAAAUCUUGGACUUGUUAUAACAGCAAAUAUUCAGUCAGAUAUUGCAAGAAUUAAUCAAGGACUGUUCGGAUCAGCGGAUGGUUUGUGGACUAAUGACAUUCAGUGUACUGGUGAAACUGGACCAUUGAGCGAGGGUGAUGUAACUGGAACUUAUGCUGGAGAAUGCAUUAGGUCGAUAUAUGUUCCAAGCACCGGCAACGUCAUUAUAACAAAUGAAUAUGGGUCUGACAUGUUGUCGUCUGGAGGUCAUGCUUUAUCUUUAUCUACAGGUCAAAGUUUUUCAGUAAGUGGUUUUUCAAUUGAUCCGAUGGAUACUGCUUCCACCAUUAGUUUCUGGGUGAAAUCAAACGUAGCAUCAAAGAAAAGAUCCACAGCAUCAUAUUCACUUCUUUCAACAGACGUUGGAACCCAAACACUGACUUUCCAAGUAAAUUCCGGUAAUUUAGAAAUCAACUGGGAUAAUACCUACACUACUACACUGAUAAUAAGCACUGAUAUAUGGUACUAUAUCACUUUCUCCUGGCAGUCUUCAGAUGGUGUUGUUUCUAUUUAUUUAAUGACAGAAUACACAUCACAAAGUGCAACGAUAUCUGACGUCAACACUGGUGCAACAAUUAACGUGGAAGAAAUUACAAUCACCGCUACAUCAACAGCUGGAGUGACAGUUGACUGCCUAAGAAUAUGGAAAACAAGCAAAACUGAUAAAGAGGCUGAAGAUGACAUGCACGCGUAUUGCGAAUCAACAUCGUCUGAUAAAACUCUUGCCUUGUCAAUGUCGUUUGAUGAAGGAGACGGAACAACAUCUUCAAUGAAAAUUUACGAUACGACUUCCGGGUUUGAAUCAGGCACAGCCUUCGGAACACUAUCAGGAACCUUAACAAACGAAACAUGGGUACCGUCGUCAAUACCAAUACAAGCCGUUCAUUUACCGGACAAGUUGACUAUUUACAGCCGCACUGCUGUACCAGAUUACACUAAUGCAGUUAGAGAUUGUCUGGACGUCAUCAGUAAUGAAACAAUCGCAGACAACUGCGCAUCGAUGACGAGCAGUGUUACAGACCACUUCAUGGAAGCCUGUAUUCGUGAAUAUGAACGAGCCGGUUCCAACGAUGCUAUUAAAAUAUUACACUAUUCCCUGAUAUAUUAUUGUGUGUCGGUAGCUGGUGCUUCCGAGUGUACAUUUGAGGACUACUUCUAUUUCUGUGACGAAGAGGAAAAUACUUCUGAUUCGAAAUUCGCAUUUUGGAUCAUCAUUCUGAUAGUGGUCAUUGUUCUUUUGAUUGCAUCAAUAAUUAUCGUCUGCUUUUGUAAGAAAAAAAUGGCUGCUAGAAAGAAAACGACUGAAGAAGAGGAAUUGUUCAAUGAGGUUCCAAAUAGAAAAUUUAAUAAAGCAACAUUACACACGAGGGAGACGUCUUUCAUGUCGACAACAAGCACAAUGAUAGCGUCGCCAACAUGGUCAGAUGAUGGAAGAUCCUCAGCUGCAUCAUGGCGUUCUAAUGGAUCUAUUAACUCGAGGUUUUUCGAAUCUCCCAUAAUGUUUAUUGGAUCGCCACCUACAAGUACACAAGACAGUGGGCGCAGUCCGACACCAUCAUCAAGUCAUGGUUGGUCUCCUCUAAGUUUCUUCGGCAAGCGAUCUGUUUCUCCUGAACCCCGUAACAUCACAGUUAACCCAACACCAGUCGGGGAAUCAAGUAGACAAGAACCUAAGGUUUCGAAGGACAAGAAGGAAACAUUUGCGCCACCAACAUCAGGGAACCAAAUGAUCACACCUGUCACCAAAAUGUUGCAGAAAGCCCGCCAAUCUGGUGCAUCACCACAUCCGUUAAAUCCACCAAACAAAGUUCCGGCUCCUCAGGCAAGUACAACACGUGGGUUAGGUGACCCUUCUUCAACGCCUAUGCCUUCUGCCAACAGUUCGGCUCCUACAAGUAUAUUUGGAUCGCGAGAAACACCGCUUCCGAAAUUCGGCGCCCCGACAAGUAUUUUCGGAAACAGAGACACUCCACAGCCAAAGUUCUCUUCAUCCGUGUCAAAUACAAGAAAUAAUGUCACGGGAAGGCCAUCUCCCUUUAUGAAGGGAAUGGCAGUACCACGACUUCCGGCAUCCUCGACGAGUUUAGGUGCAAGAGGAAGGCGUUCAUCAAACACGCAAUCAAAUAUCGAUAGCAUUCUUGAGGAUAUGGACACUAAAUAAAUGUAUCUGUAGAAAACACAACGCGUUUUAUUGUAAAUAUCAAACAUUAUAUGAAUAGAAAAUUUAUAUCCUGAACAUGCCCUGUUAAAGAGCUCGUCGAGGAACUUAAUUAUGAUCGUAAAAGGACUAGAAAUGUAUUUAGAAAGAAAAAGAAACCAUGUGUAUAUAUUUAUAUUUUACUAUUUUCUUUCUUUUUUUUAUUGUUUUAAGAAUGUGAUAUUGAUUUGUUACCGAUACUUUCUUAAAGUUGUUAAUAUAUAUUUUUUAGAUUUGUUGUCAUAGCAUUUUUUGUAAUAGACAUCCUUGAUAGUCUGUGUAUGAUAAUAUAAGCUUCUCUUGGAACAAUUGUUUAGAACAAUCACAUUUAUAGGUAUCGCACAGUACUACGGUGUUUUGAAGUGUAAAUACACACAAAAAGAAUAUGAUUAUGUCCAUUUACAUGUUUGACUUUUAAUCGAGUGAUAACACGCUCCAUUUCAGAAAUUUGACACCCAUGCCAUUUACAUAUUUUUUUCACAUUUCAUCUUUGUAUUAUUUAUUGUUUUUAAAUGUUUUUCCUGUGAUAUUUUAAGUAAAAAUGAUUAGUUGUAUAACCAUAUACUUUAUUGUAAAUACAUUUCAGUAGUUAUUUAAGAUUGUGCCAAUGUAAUGAAUUAAAGAAUAGCCCAAACCAAACAAAAACAAAGAUGAAAUAUAUAUAUAUAUAUAUAUAGCGCAAAAACAUAAAAAUAAAAAAAAAAUGUCACAAGGACACCAAAUCAAUUUUUUAUCGACCUUCAUCUAUGCAUCAUUUUUAAGCUAGAAAAUAUAUUGACUAAUGUGCGGUACUUGCACUGUUUUUUUUUUCUUUAAUUAAGCUGUCUAAACUAACAAUAUUUGAUACGCGCUUUUGUCAAGUUGUGUAGUGUUUCAUUUUUAGAUGCGACUUUUCUUCUAUUUACUUACAUAUUUUAAACUUAUUUUUAUGACUGUUAACAACUAUGUUUUCUUUAAAAUCCCUUUGCCCAUUUUUAUAUGUUCUGAAAACUAACCUUUCUCUGUUAAGAUAGUACGCUCAAAUAAAGUUCU